AUGGCAAAGAAUGACAUGCUGAAUAGACUUUAUGGGCAUUUAGUAACAAUAAACGAUUCCAAUCUAUGUAUGAUCUUUUUCCGACGACGUUGCAGAAAAUUCAUACCUACAACUCAUGAACCAUCUCGUUGUUAUUGUGGUCGAUUAGAAUCGGAACAUAAUAAUAGUGCUGAACAUCGAUCAGCGUCGCGUAUUAAACCACCUAAUCGUGCUUUAAAAUCAGUGCCAUCCAAGCUUUUAAUUACUAAUUCUGCUCAUGAUUCAUUUGAGCAUGAGUCCGAGCGAUGGAAUGUCGGUAAGCACACGAUACUUUAUCCAACAAACGCUUAUGGCAUUAUUGAAUUUGAAAAUAUGUUACAUCCGGCGAAAGCACAUUAUUUACGCUUAGCAUACGAUACACAUCCAUCUCAAAUUGUCCAUCUCUUUACCAAACAGUGGCGUUUGCAACUGCCCAAUCUCAUUGUCAGUAUUCAUGGUGGUAUUCAGAAUUUUGAAUUACAGCCUCGUCUUCGUCAAGUGCUCAAACGUGGUCUAUUAAAAGCAGCUAAAACAGCUGGUGCAUGGAUAUUUACAUCUGGCAUUAACACCGGUGUUGUAAAACAUGUUGGUGAUGCACUUUAUAUGCGAUCGAAAAUUCGGUCGAAUAUUGUAGUUGUUGGUAUUGCACCAUGGGGUGUUAUUCAAGGGCGUGAACAAUUAAAAGGAGAAAAUCAAACAAUUUCUUAUCAUUCAGCAGCAGUUGUCACGGAAGAAAAUUGCGCAACGUUAAACAGUUCACAUAGUUGCUUUCUACUAGUUGACAAUGGAACUGUCGGGAAAUAUGGAGGAGAGAUCAUACUUCGUAAACGUUUUGAAAAAUAUCUUUCGCAGCAGAAGAUCUCGUUUCAUGGUCAUGUGGGCAAACAAAAUAUUCCUGUCGUUUGCGUCAUUGUUGAAGGUGGAAGAAACACAAUUCCAACAGUUAUUGAAUAUGUGACAGAAGAGCCACCAGUUCCUGUUGUAGUUAUCGAUGGUAGCGGUCGUGCUGCAGAUCUUAUUGCGUUUGCAUACAAGCAUGCUCAAAGUGAUGGAACAAUGUCAGUUGAUUUGCAAGAACAAUUAUUACAAUCGAUUGAAAAAGUCUUUAAUUACAACCGACGACAAGCAGAGCAUGUCUAUGUUGAAUUGAUUAUCUGCGUCAGCAAACGACAGUAUAUAACUAUAUAUAGAAUGGAUGAUGAUGAUUCGAGUGAACAAGAAGAUGUCGAUCAAGCUAUUCUAAGAACAUUACUCAGAAAUCACAAGGCAAGUGCACUUGAACAAUUUCGUUUGACACUCUCAUGGAAUCGACCUGAUAUCGCUCAAACCUGUUUAUUGACAAAACGCAAUGAACUCACACAAGCUCAAUUAGAUGUUUGUAUGUUCGAAGCCCUUGUUGACAAUCGUGUCGAAUAUGUUAAAUUACUUAUCGAAAACGGUGUGUCAAUCAAAACAUUUCUUACAUUCAAUCGUCUGCAAGCAUUGUACAAUACGUGUGGGUCGAAUAGUACAUUGCAUUUGAUAGCUAAAGAUGUUAUUCGUGGUGUUACGCAUCAUACUCAACAUCGAAUCUAUUCGUUAUAUGAAAUCGGAUUGAUUGUGGAAAAACUUAUAGGUCAAGGUUAUCGUUCAUCGUACACGCGUCGCAUGAUACGUCAUUUAUGUGCACGACAGACUGUUAGUGAACGACAGAAUUUCAAUGUUUAUACAGAUGCCGAGCAGAAAGAACAGCAUUCUCAGAUGAAUGCCAAUCAGGGGGAAGAAGAUGUGAAAAAGAAUUCGAUAUGUGAUGAUCCAACAUUUGGCUUUCCCUAUAAUGAAUUAUUAGUUUUUGCUGUGUUAACUAAACGACACGAAAUGGCGUUGUUCUUCUGGGCACACGGAGAAGAGGCAUUAGCCAAAGCAUUGAUUGGCUGUCGACUGAAUAAAAAUUUAGCACGUGAAGCACAAGACGAUGAACUUGAUACGGAAAUAGCUGACGAAUUUUUAUCCAAUGCAGAAGAUUUUCAACAGCGAGCAUUAGCACUUCUCGAUCAAUGCUACCAAGAAGACGAUGUCAAUGCUACCCAAAUUCUGACUUGCGAAUUAGAAAAUUGGUCCAAUUGGACGUGCCUUGAUCUCUCUGUUACUGCUUAUCUACGAGACUUUGUCGCACAUAAAUGCUGCCAACAAUUAUUAUCAGAUUUAUGGAUUGGUGGAAUGAAUGUUCGCAAAUACUUGAAAUGGAUGGUUCUAUUUGCACUUUUCUUUCCACCUGCACUUCUGCUCAUCGACUUCAAAUCAUCGAAAGAAUUACAACUGAUGCCUCAAACCGAAGAAGAAUACUUUCAGAAUGAAGAAGAUCUGAUCGACAGCGAUAACAACGACGAUGAUUCAAGUGAUGAUAGUUCCGAUGAUUUUCGUUCAUCUUCAUCAGAUGAAUCACCUGAAUUGGUUAUUUCGAUGAAUAACACCGAUCGAGAUGAUGAGCAAACUAAUGAUGAAAUGCAGCAUGAAACAAGUACACUACGACGACGUCGAAAAAGAAGUCGACGAAAAAAACGAAAGAAACAAAAUAGCAGCUCUGCUCAUCCAGACGACCAACCUCCAGCAUCUCCGAUCAAUUUAAAUAGUAUCAACACAAAUCAUCGAUCCGACGACUUAAAUUUACAUACAAUAGAUGAUUUAGUCUCGAAUCAUCACGCAUCAUCAUUAUCAAUGACACCCGCCACAACAAUACCAAUUAACGAACAAGAAGAAAUCAACAAUCCAUCGAAUCUUGACAAUCCAAGACGAUUAGUUCGACGAUGUCUUGCCAAUGCUCAAGUAGCUAUACAUCAUUCCAUAAUCAACCGAUUCUUUGAUUUCACUUCACGUCAUGUACGACGCAUCGUUCGUCGACAUCGUUGGUGGAAGAAAACCGAUUCUGAUACUGAUUCUGGCGAUAGUACUGAUCAGAUACCAUUAACGAAAAAGAUUUAUGAAUUUUACAAUGCACCUGUAACGAAAUUUUUCCAAGACUUAAUUUUCUUUAUGAUAUUUCUGGGAAUGUUUACAUAUGUUAUUUUAAUUAAGACUCCACCGAAACCAUCGGUGUGCGAAUGGAUAUUGAUGUCGUAUUUAACAACAGUGGCUAUGGAUUUAGUGAGAGAGUUGUUAAUGAUGCAUGAGACACGAUGGAAAACUUGGCUAUCGGUCUUUUUUCAUGAUGUUUUACAUCUAUACGAUACAUUCUGUUGUCUAAUGUUUGCUUUUGCAUUCGGAUUAAGAUUAACAUCAACUUUUCGUGUCGUUGGAAGAGUAUUACUAUGUGUUAAUUUAAGUUUUUGGUACCUUCGUAUGUUUCAUUUUUUGGUUGUUUCCAAAGAAGUUGGACCUUAUAUUCAUAUCGCGGCACGAAAUAUUAUUGACUUACUUCGUUUGAUUGUGAUCGUGUUAAUUGUAUUGAUGAGUUUUGGCGUAUCGAGACAAGCGAUCAAGUUCCCAAAUGAAGAAUGGAAAUGGAGUUCGGUGAAAGAAAUUUUUCUCGAACCUUACUUUAUGAUAUACGGCGAAGUGUAUGCAGAAUCAAUCGAUCCGCCUUGCAAUCGAACUGAAAAUCCGGAUAACCCAUCAUGUCAAGCAGGGCAUUUCAUAACACCGAUCACGAUGACCGCUUUCCUUCUUGUUUGUAAUAUACUUCUAUUAUCGAUGUUGAUGGCUCAAUUCACGUCCACAUUUAUGAGAUUGAGUCGAUUGUCUGACCAAGUAUGGAAAUUUCAACGAUAUCAUACGAUUCUUCAAUAUGAACAAAAGCCAUUGUUAGCUCCACCGUUAAUUAUCUUCUCCCACAUAUUUCUUUUCUUUAAAAUCGUCUAUCGUAUCUGUCGUCACCGCAAACGCACUUUUAAUCGUGGUUUGAAACUAUUCUUAAGUGCGAAAGAAAUCGAAAAACUACGUGAUUUCGAAGAAGAAUGUGUUCAUGAAUAUCUUCUGGCGAAAGAAGACAAGGAAAAAAGUACUGUCGAAGAACGAAUGUCUACUACAUCUGACAGGGUAUCUCAUAUGUUAACUCGUGUUGAAACAUUGAAGCGAAAUGGAGCACAGCAAGUCAAUCACUUCCGUAAUUUUGACGAACGUUUACAACGUCUUGAAGAAAUGCAAGCCUCAACAAUACAAUUAUUAAAUGUUCUAGUUCAAAACAUGCAAACAAUGAACAGCGAUCAACAAAUCGUGGGCGAAUCUAUUUCAUCCACAGCCUUCGACAAGAAGGAUAAAGAAGGUAACGACGACGAACUCUUCAAUUUUACGGCUGUAUCAACACCAGAUGAAGUCAUACCAUCUGUUUCGUCAUUACUAUCAUCAUCGGGUGGAAACCGACCAAUGCGUUCAGCAAGUUUCACCGGUCGAAAAGUUACAAAUCCUGUGGCAAUACCAGUUUCUGCUCCACCUCAAAUCGUUGUUGGAACAUACACAAGUCCGUCUGCGUUUGGCCCCACUAAUGAACGUUUAACCGUUGCAGCAACGACACGAAGUGCUUCGUCAUCGUCAGUCAAUGGGCCCGAUGAGACAAGUCAAUCAGCUCUGCAUGCUGCGGAAGAGACAGAAAAUAACAUAUACGGAAAACUGAUCAAGGAACGCUUUCGAAAACUGUCCGAAUUCGUUGAAGACAUUGAACGAACAUUACCAAGCCACCAAGCACGUCAAGAUGAGAAACAUGAUACAACAGAUGAUGAUGAAACCAUAUCAAAUAUGGAUUGGGUGGAUACAACUGCCCGUUCAACAUACAAUAGUAUACGCGCAUCACAAUUUGAUAUCAAUCAAGACGACCAAUCACAAAUACUCGUAACAACUAUUGAAAAUAUUGAAGACAUCGAACAAAAUCUCAUUCCUGAUGUUUUAGUGCAUUCAUCGGUAGAUGAAACUACGAAUCCAGUUUAA